UUGAAAACAAAGACCAUAUAAAAAUGUGUAAAGUCAUAUUCUACCAAAAAAAUGUUGAAAAGGGACUUAUGGAGAUUUUAGAAACAACCAGCAAAGAUCAAUUUGCUGCUUAUGCUGCAAAGAUAGUAAAGAAUGAAUGUGAAACUAUUUGUAAACGGCACUCGGACUUCGCAUUGACUGAUAAAACUUAUGAAGGGAUAAUGGAAUUCUCCUGGGACCACUUAUACCAAGACCUAUUACUUGGAGCUCCAAACACUUUACGCAUUGUGUCAUCCAUGGUAACCAGUAGCAUCCCAAUGCCAGUACCAAGCAAGGAAUUUCACCAUGCCCUUUUUGCAAUAGGUAUAAUAUUACAUGGACGAAACAGGGAAGCAACUACAUUGCAGUAUCUGAAUGGAAUGGUACUUCUUCAUGGAGGGUGUACACAUCAGGACAUGAAACGCUUGGCUAAGUUAGGUGUAUGUGUCUUUCCUGAGACAGUCAGAAAUAAACUGCAGUCCUGGCAAAGUAAUCUUGAUGAAAAACUGUUAGAAGUGAAGGAAAAAUGGUGCAAGGGUGACAGUAUGACAUAUCAACUUGUUGGCGAUAACUGGGAUAAAAAUAUAGUACCCUCUUACAGGACUUCUAAAAAUUCAACACAGUCAAUACAUCUUUUUAACGUUAUUGGCGUCAUUGACCGGAUUGUAAUAAAGAAGGAAGAAGGCACUCCUGUUAGGACAGUGGACAGCAUGACAGCCGUUGACUUUAUACCAUCUGAAGGGGACAUUGACAGUCUACAAAAAGAACUAACGUUCCUUGUGGCCAGAUCUGUUAUCCAAAAUAUUAAACAAAUGGAAGAUUUGUUUGGGAAAAUUUACCCUGGCCAUCUGGAGCAUAUCCACAGUAAUGAAGCUGGAAUGAAAACUUCGCAGUAUUCUCUUGGUCUUUUUGAUUGUGAUGAAAAGAAAACAGCAGAUGUCAUAAGGUUGUUGCAAAACUUGACAGAGAAAUACGUUCCCAAGAAGGAUGGGGAGAUUGUUGAAGAAGUUUUUUUUGGAGGAGACAGACUGACUGAUGAAAAAAUUCAGGUUGCUCAGCAAGCAAUGAGAAAUGCUGACAGUGGCUUAGAGAGGUUAGAAGGCUUCAUUUCAAAGAUAGAGGAUUUUCAUCGCUUAAUGAAUUUUCUGGAGGUAUAG